ACGCGGCUGCGGCGGCCGCGCGCCUCGCAGGGGGCGGAGCCGCCGCCGCCGCCACCGCCCGCCGCAGCCCUGUUCGGGAUUUGAAAGAUUAAAAACUCCCGGUGGAGAGGGCGGCGGCGUUGGAUGUGUGGCGGAAGCGCUGGGGGCCGCGGCCGGGCCGCCGGCGGCGUCUCCACAGCAUGAACUACGCGGGCCGCGGCUCCCCGCGGAGCCCCGAGCAUAACGGCCGGGGCGGCAGCUCCUGGGAGCUGGGCUCCGACGCGGGGCCGGCGUUCGGCGGCAGCGUCUGCUGCUUGGAGCACCUGCCCAGCGGGGACCCGGGCGACGGCAGCGUGCCCCUGACCCUGCUGCGCGGGGAGCCCGGGCUGCACUUGCCGCCGAGCGCCGACGACCACGACCCCCACCUGGCGCUGGACCCCUGCCUCAGUGACGAGACCUAUGACUUCAGCUCGGCCGAGUCGGGCUCGUCGCUGCGCUACUUCAGCGAGGGCGAGAGCGGCGGCGCCUCAUCGCUGCACCCGUCGCCUCCGCCGCCGCCGCUGGGCCCGGCGAACUCGGGGGGCGGCGGGUCCGGGGAGAGGAAGCGCGCGCGGCCCGGCGGCCCUGCCGCCCGGCAUCGCUACGAGGUGGUGACGGAGCUGGGCCCGGAGGAGGUGCGCUGGUUCUACAGGGAGGACAAGAAGACCUGGAAGCCAUUCAUCGGCUACGACUCGCUCCGCAUCGAGCUCGCCUUCCGGACCCUGCUGCAAGCCACCGGGGCCGGGCCCCGGGCCAAGGCCCCGGACGGCGACCAUGUGUGCGGCCCGGCCUCCAGCUCCGGAGAGGAAGACGACGAGGACCGCGCCUGCGGCGGCUUCUGCCCGCGCGCGGCGAGGCACGAGCCCGCGAUGCAGGAGCUGGUGCCCAUCGAGCCGGUGUGCGUGCGGGGCGGCCUCUACGAGGUGGACGUGGUCCAAGGAGAGUGCUACCCCGUGUAUUGGAACCAGGCUGAUAAAAUACCAGUAAUGCGUGGACAGUGGUUUAUUGAUGGUACUUGGCAGCCUCUAGAAGAAGAAGAAAGUAACUUAAUUGAGCAGGAGCAUCUCAGUUGUUUUAAGGGUCGGCAGAUGGAGGAAAAUUUUGAUAUUGAAGUGUCAAAAUCCAUAGACGGAAAAGAUGGCAGUGGGAUCAACUAUUCUGUCGUCUACCACCUCCCUCCCUUCUCCCUCCCUUCUCUGUUCAAAUGGAGAGGAUAUAAGGAGAAUACAGAUGCGGCAGGUCUUAAAAGAAAGCGUUCCCAAGCUAUUCAUAGUUUUAAACUGAGUCGAAACCAUGUGGACUGGCACAGUGUGGAUGAAGUGUAUCUUUACAGUGAUGCAACAACAUCUAAAAUAGCAAGAACAGUUACCCAAAAACUGGGAUUUUCUAAAGCAUCAAGUAGCGGGACCAGACUUCAUAGAGGUUACGUAGAAGAAGCCACGUUGGAAGAUAAGCCAUCGCAGACCACCCAUAUUGUGUUUGUUGUACAUGGCAUUGGGCAGAAAAUGGACCAAGGAAGAAUCAUCAAAAAUACAGCCAUGAUGAGAGAGGCUGCAAGAAAAAUAGAAGAAAGGCAUUUUUCCAAUCAUGCAACACAUGUGGAAUUUCUGCCUGUUGAGUGGCGGUCAAAACUUACUCUUGAUGGAGACACUGUUGAUUCCAUUACCCCUGACAAAGUACGAGGGUUGAGGGACAUGCUGAACAGCAGUGCCAUGGACAUAAUGUAUUACACCAGCCCGCUUUAUAGAGAUGAACUAGUUAAAGGCCUUCAGCAAGAGCUGAAUCGAUUAUAUUCCCUUUUCUGUUCUCGGAAUCCAGACUUUGAAGAAAAAGGGGGUAAAGUCUCAAUAGUGUCACAUUCCUUGGGCUGUGUAAUCACUUACGAUAUAAUGACUGGCUGGAAUCCAGUUCGGCUUUAUGAACAGUUGCUGCAGAAGGAAGAAGAGCUGCCUGAUGAGCGAUGGAUGAGCUAUGAAGAGAGAAAUCUUCUUGAUGAACUGUACAUAACAAAACGACGGCUGAGGGAAAUAGAAGAACGGCUACAUGGACUGAAGGCAUCAUCUGUAUCACAAACACCUGCCUUAAGAUUUAAGGUUGAGAAUUUCUUCUGCAUGGGAUCCCCACUAGCAGUUUUUUUGGCAUUGCGUGGCAUCCGCCCAGGAAACACUGGAAGUCAAGACCAUAUUCUGCCUAGAGAGAUUUGUAACCGGUUACUAAAUAUCUUUCAUCCUACAGAUCCAGUGGCUUAUCGAUUAGAACCAUUAAUACUAAAACACUACAGCAACAUUUCACCUGUCCAGAUCCACUGGUACAAUACUUCAAACCCUCUACCUUACGAGCACAUGAAGCCAAGCUUUCUCAACCCAGCCAAAGAAUCUACCUCAGUUUCAGAGACUGAAGGCAUUUCUGCCAUCCCAAGCCCUGUGACCUCACCAGUCUUGUCCCGCCGACACUAUGGAGAAUCUAUAACGAACAUAGGCAAAGCAAGCAUAUUAGGGGCUGCUAGCAUUGGAAAGGGACUUGGCGGAAUGCUCUUCUCAAGAUUUGGACGUUCAUCUACAUCGCAAGCCUCCGAGACCUCAAAGGACUCCGUAGAAGACGAGAAGAAGUCAGCUGCCUCACCAUCUACAACCACUGUGGCAACACAGACCCUGCCACAGAGCAGCUCUGGCUUUCUGGAUUCUGCAUAUUUCAGACUUCAAGAAUCGUUCUUUUAUCUCCCACAACUUCUUUUUCCGGAAAAUGUAAUGCAGAAUAAAGAUAAUACCCUCGUGGAGUUGGAUCACAGGAUUGAUUUUGAGCUCCGAGAAGGCCUCGUCGAGAGCCGCUACUGGUCAGCUGUCACGUCGCAUACUGCCUACUGGUCAUCCCUGGAUGUCGCUCUCUUUCUCUUAACCUUCAUGUACAAACAUGAGCACGACAAUGAUGCAAAACCCAGUUUAGAUCCAAUCUGAACUCUUGAAGGACAUUCAUGGCCCAAAACUGAUUUUUUUUUUUUUUCUGUUCAACUGGUAUGUGUCAAGAUAAGGAGAUUUCAGGACUGAGUUGUUUCAGUUUUAUUUAGGGGCAAGAAAUAUUUGAGUUUAAAAGCACUUUAUUUUAUUUUUUUUAAAAAAAUGUUUCCCGUCCUGAAGAAGUUAUUUAUAGUUUGCAUCAUUUCGAUUAUGAAUCUGACAGAACCUCCUGCAGAGUGAUCACACAAAACCUGGAAAAGAAGAAAGCUUGGGUCAACUGCAUGUGAACGUCACAAAUCACAAUCUGACUUUGCCCAAACACGAAGGCAUAUUGAUGGAUUGAAUCUAAUGUCCUAACCAAAAUCUGCUAGAAAUCUAAAAUGGCCAAGGUCUAGUGUAUUCUAUGUAAAGAUUACAAGUGGUAUCAUUGUUUAGAUUUCUAUGAAAGCUUGCAUUUCCACAAUUCCUUAAAAAAAAAAUAACAGAUUUAAAAUGUUUUCAAUUUAACUUGUUUAAAGAAGACUAAUACUUAAAAAGAAACAAUAUUUGAACUACUGUAUUUAUAAUUUAUUACCUCUGACUAACUGCUUGAUUUAAAUAUAUGAAACAUUACAUUUUUUAAUGUUUCCUUUGAGCAUAAAUUAAGAGCCACAUUUAUUUUCUAUAAUGUUUAAGAUCCUUUCUUCUCAGAACUCCAUCCUUGUACUCUUCAGAUGAAUAUAUAGGCACUGUGGCAUACUUUCAGGAUUUUUUUUCCAUUAAAAAGUUGUAGUUUCACAUAAAUAAUACUAGUUCAAUUACCUUUCCUUUAAAUAUUAGUUUUUCACAUGUACCUCAGAGGAUGCUAAAGCGUUUCUCAACUUGACACAGAGUACUCCAUAUUGGGUACAUCUCAUUAACUUUGUUAGAAAAUUAAUAAAUCCUUUUGGAGUAGAGACUGUGACACUAUUUCAAAUUCUAAACAUCCGUGUGCCAAACAUUCAGCACGUACGAAAGAUCGGAGUGCCAGUAACAUUUUAUUUUUGAUGUGUUUAAGAAAACAGGCACAAGGCACAGCACCUCAGGACUCUGGGCGCCAGCAGGGUUUUCCUCAAAGGCUUGCACAGUGCUUUUCAUCUGAGGAGCUCAGAGCCUUUAAGAGGUGUGCACUCAGUUCUGUGUGGUGGCUCCUCGAGGUGAGUGAGUGGAUUCUUGUAGUCCACGCUAGCACACCAAGGCACCCAGACCCUCCAAGUGCCUUGCAUUCGCUCACAGGGCAAGUCCACGUGUGCUCGGGCUGAGGCCAGGUUGUGUUCUUUGACACGCUAUGCGGUGACUAAUAGUUCGUGUGUGACCCCCUUAGUGAUUGGCAGGCAGUAAUAGCACGUCGCAGUUUCUGUUUGGAAGAAGCGGCCGACAAGCCGACGUGUUCCCAUCUGUGUUCUCUGAGGCUCUCACCCUCUGGAGAGGAUUGCUUCUGUGACACCCUCUGGGUUCCCCGAAAGGUGCUGCCCUUACCUACCUUGCAGGGAACGUCUUGGCUCCCAGGUGACCCCUGUCAGAGCGGGGCCGCAUUGUCAGCUGUGCGCCUCACCCACUCCUUUCCCUGUAAGAUAAGCCGUGGCCCGGGCGCACGUAGGCUUUCCCCAGCCCCAUCAGUACUGUCAGCUCUUUGGGCCUCCCAUUGCAUUUGCACAACAGAAAGCAUUUCUUCUUAGUGUUAAAAAAAAGAUAAUCCCAAGGCUCCAUGAGCAUGUGCAUGAGUCACGAGGAGACGUUUGCUAUAAAAGGCCUUUGGUGAGCAAAGCUGAAGCAAUCUUUCUCAGACUUUGAGAUUCCUAUGAACUCAGGUCAUUUUCGUAGCCCGUUGUUUUGUAGCUCUAAUUUGGUUCUCAGGAAAAUUAAACUCCUGUCACGACUCUUUAAAAGGUCCUGAGUGUUGGUUGCUGGCGGUGGUAUCAGACACAGAUGCUGAAGCCUCACGGGAUUCAUUCUUUUCCACUGGAACGUAAAGGACCCUUUCCACCCGAGAAGAGUGAAAACUGUCAGAGCUUUGAGUUCGGUACCUUUUUUUUUUUUUUUUAUGUGUUCCUAUACCCAUUGGAAUGUCUUCUUCCUUUGUUCAUACUGAAAAAAAUCAAAUUUAAACACAUGGAGUUUAUUUGAAUUUUUGGAAAGAGCAACAUCCAAAACCCCCUUUUCAAAGUAGAUGUUCCAGACUCCUGGAGAGGUAUUCUCUUUUCCAUUCAGUAUUUCAUCAGUGGAGAUGACGAUUUGGGGUUUUGUGGUAUUCUUGUUUCCGUGUCUCUGCAUGUUAUCAUGAGAUGUACUUGUAUAUACUCAAGGAAUAUACAGAAUAUGUGUAAUUCUGGCUUGAUUUAGAAGCUAAGUCAGUUACUGAGUAACAUUUUGCAACUCUAUUCCAGCAAGUACUAAAUUGGCCCAAAAAAGUUCUGUUUUUGAUACCAUUAAAAUUUUAUUCUCUA